UUUGUGCAGGGCGCGGGACGGGGAAGGUCGUGAGCGCGGGAGCAAGCGCAGAUCGGACGGAGAGGAAAAUUUCCCGGCAAUGGGGAAGUCCGGCAGUGGCGCCGCGGACGGGGAGGAGCUCCUGAGGGCGGCGUCGGCCGCCCUCGAGGGUACCGGACAGAAGGUCGUCAUGGCGGUCCGAGUGACCAAGAGCCGCGGCAUUUGGCAGAAGUCCGGCAGGUUGACCCGUCAUGUGUCCAAGCCUAGGGUCUUGGCUCUCACCACAAAAUUUUCAUCAAAAGGACAGAGGACAAAGGCCCUUCUUCGUGUUUUGAAACAUUCAUCUGGGGGUGUUCUGGAGCCUGCAAAACUUUACAAGGUUAAGCACCUUUCAAAAGUGGAGCUUAUACCAAACGACAACAGUGGAUGCACGUUUAUGCUGGGGUUUGAUAACCUUAGGAGCCAGAGUGUUUCACCUCCACAGUGGACUCUGCGCAACAUUGAUGAUAGAAAUCGGUUUCUUGUUUGCAUAUUAAGUAUGUGCAAGGAUAUGAUGGGUCGCCUUCCAAAAGUUACUGGUAUAGAUGUUGUGGAGAUGGCUAUUUGGGCAAAGGAAAACACCCCUGCGGUGGAUCUUCAAACAGAUGCUCAAGUUAACCACAUUGCUACUAUUAUCACUCCAGAUGACUUGAAAGUAACUGUUGAAAGGGACCUUGUCUCACAAGCUGAAGAAGCGGAUAUGGAGGCACUUCUUGGAAGGUAUGUUAUGGGCAUCGGUGAAGCAGAGGCAUUCUCUGAAAGGUUAAAACGAGAAUUUCUUGCACUGGAAGCAGCAAAUGUGCAUGCCAUUCUGGAAAGUCAACCUUUGAUAGAGGAGGUGCUACAAGGACUUCAAUCAGCAAUUCUAUGUGUUGAAGAUAUGGAUGAGUGGCUUGGUAUUUUUAAUGUAAAGCUCAAGCAUAUGAGAGAGGACAUUGAAUCAAUAGAAUCCAGGAACAACAAAUUAGAGAUGCAGUCAUUAAACAAUAAAACACUCAUCGAGGAGCUUGAUAAACUACUUGAGCGGUUCCGUGUUCCUCCGGAGUUUGCUGCAUCACUGAGUGCUGGUUCGUUUGAUGAAGCAUACAUGCUUAAAAAUGUAGAAGCAUGUGAAUGGUUAGCUGGUGCCUUGCGUGCUUUAGAAGUUCCCAAUUUGGAUCCUUGCUAUGCAAAUAUGAGAGCUGUAAAAGAGAGGCGCUUAGAACUUGAAAAGUUGAAGGGCGUGUUCGUUAGACGGGCAUCUGAAUUCUUGAGAAGUUAUUUUGCUAAUCUAGUGGAUUUUAUGUUAAAUGACAAGAGCUACUUCUCUCAGCGUGGACAGUUAAAGCGGCCUGAUCAUGCUGAUUUGCGAUACAAAUGCAGGACAUAUGCACGCCUUCUGCAGCAUUUGAAGAGUCUUGACAAAAAUUGCAUGGGUCCUUUGAGAAAAGAAUAUUGUCGUGCGCUUAACCUGCUUUUUCGUAGAGAGGCUCGGGAAUUUGCAAAUGAACUUCGUGCAAGUACCAAAGCAUCAAGAAAUCCAGCUCUUUGGCUUGAAGCUUCUGUAGGUUCUGUCCAAGUUGCAGCUAAUGCAGAUACUUCUGCAGUGUCUGAAGCAUAUUCAAAGAUGCUUACAGUUUUUAUUCCUUUUCUUGUUGAUGAGAGCUCCUUUUUUGCACGUUUUAUGUGUUUUUCAGUUAACAAGGGCAGUGCUUAUGAUGAUGAAGAUCGGAGUUCCGUGGACCAAAAUGGAAAUAACACUAGGCCCUGCAAAGAUACUGCUGAGCUAGGAGCUUUGAAUGAAGCUCUCCAAGAUUUACUUGAUGGUAUACAGGAGGACUUCUAUGCAGUUGUAGAUUGGGCAUACAAAACUGAUCCUCUCCGGUGCAUCUCCAUGCAUGGGAUCACUGAGAAGUAUCUUUCUGGCCAGAAGGCUGAUGCAGCAGGUUUUGUUCGCUGUCUGCUGGAUGACCUGGAAUGCAAGAUUUCUAUGCAGUUCAGCAAGUUUGUGGAUGAAGCUUGUCAUCAAAUAGAGCGAAUUGAGAAAAAUGUUCGCCCUUUUGGUGUGCUCCCUUAUAUUCCGAGAUUUGCAACCCUUGCAGCACGCAUGGAGCAGUACAUCCAAGGGCAGUCCAGGGACUUGGUUGAUCAAGCUUAUACAAAAUUUGUCAGCAUAAUGUUUGUGACCCUGGAGCGUGUUGCACAAACUGAGCCUAAGUAUACUGAUGUUGUGCUUUUAGAAAAUUAUGCUGCUUUCCAGAACAGUCUUUAUGACCUAGCCAAUGUUGUUCCAACACUCGCUAAAUUUUAUCAUCAAGCUAGUGAAUCAUAUGAGCAGGCUUGCACACGCCAUAUUACUUCAGUUAUAUACCUUGUAUUUGAUAAGUUAUUUCAAUUCGGUCGUAGAAUUGAAGAUUUAAUGUAUUCAAUCCAGCCAGAAGAGAUACCUUUCCAAAUGGGGUUGUCAAAAAUGGAUCUGCGGAAGGUGCUGAAAGCUAGUUUACCUGGGAUGGAUAAAUCCAUUGGCAUAAUGUACAGAAGACUGCAGAAAAACCUCACAUCAGAAGAUCUGCUUCCUUCAUUGUGGGAUAAAUGCAAGAAGGAUUUCCUUGAAAAAUAUGAAGGAUUUGUCGCAUUGGUUGCCAAGGUUUAUCCAAACGAGUCCAUGCCUUCCGUUGCAGAGAUGAAAGAGUUGCUUGCGUCAAUGUAGAGGUUGUUCAACCAUGCACUGUCGCACAGCCUCCGGAUUGUGCUUUUUCCUACAAAAAUAGUUCUUUCUAGGCAUGCAGUUCACUUUCCGGAUUCUCCUUCCAAUUGGCCGUUUCAGAUUUUUGGAAGGUGAAUGUCCCCUUUCUCGUAUUUAUUUUUUUUACACUAGGAAGCCAUAGAUGUCAGGGGUUUGCUUUCUGUUUGCUGUAACAGACCCAUAUUAAUUGAUUUCUGAUCUGCCCUGGCCUGUGUCACCCUUAUUACCAGUGUAAAUAGAUAGUCUCUCAUGUUCCUAUGAUAGAUUCCUCUGCUGACAA